GAGACAUAAACGUGUCAUUUUAGAAAUAGAAAUUCUAAAAAUUGUUUCUCUCUCUUCUUUCUCUCUCCUCUCCCUCGAAGCUUAGAAUAUACAGAAAGAUUUAACAGACCAUUUUGAUACAAUUUUACAAAUAUUUUUUUUCUAUAUAUAUAGCAGAUUGAUCUUGUUAGGUUAUGGGUUGCGCAUCUUCAGCUGCAGAUAGGAAUUCGGGACGGGCUGCUGGACUUAAUCCUGAUAAUGGUGGAGCAAUUGACCCUAAAAAUCUUAAAGUGAAGCUGGUACUCUUGGGUGAUUCUGGUGUUGGUAAAAGCUGUAUAGUUCUGCGUUUUGUACGUGGUCAAUUUGAUCCAACAUCUAAGGUGACUGUAGGAGCUUCUUUUCUGUCUCAAACAAUAGCCUUGCAGGACUCAACUACAGUUAAAUUUGAAAUAUGGGACACAGCUGGUCAAGAGAGGUAUGCAGCUCUUGCACCAUUAUACUACCGAGGUGCUGCAGUUGCAGUGGUUGUGUAUGAUAUUACUAGUCCUGAGUCUUUUGCCAAAGCACAAUACUGGGUCAAGGAAUUGCAAAAACAUGGGAGCCCUGAUAUAGUCAUGGCUCUGGUUGGCAACAAAGCUGAUCUCGAUGAAAAAAGAGAAGUAACGACACAAGAUGGAAUUGACUGUGCUGAAAAGAACGGUAUGUUCUUUAUAGAAACAUCUGCUAAGACAGCUGAUAAUAUCAACCAGCUGUUUGAGGAAAUCGCAAAGAGAUUGCCACGCCCGACUGCUGCUUGACCAUCAAGAAUAUGCUAAUUGCUAAUGUACUGCCUGUAAUACUAUGUAUAUGAAGUCAUUCUCAGUCUCUUUUUCUCUGUAGUACUCUUGUUACGAUUUCUGAUCUUGUGAUCGCGAUCCUCUUCAACGAGGCAUCCUGAUAUAUAUAACUGUGAGAAUUGAGGAGACCAAAAGCUCACUUCAACUUGUGAAAGUUUGAAAUAUUUGAAUGAUUCAGUGACAUAUAUA